AAGGUUGGAGCUGUCGCCGCCUGCAGUCGGUGACCGCGCGACUCGGCGCCCGCCCGCGGAAUUGGAUGACAUACAUGAUUAAGGUGGUAUUGAGGGUUUCUGAAGCCUGUGAAAGGUGAAAACUCAACCAUGAUUUCUUUUUCAACUCUACAGCAUUCCCUUCCUUGAAGUCUUCAUUUUUACUUUAGUCUCAGGCAGUUAUACUUAAGCAUGAACAUUGACGACAAACUGGAAGGAUUGUUUCUUAAAUGUGGCCACAUAGACGAAAUGCAGUCUUCCAGGGCAAUGGUUGUAAUGGGUGGAGUGUCUGGCCAAUCUACCGUGUCUGGGGAACUGCAGGAGUCAGUGCUUCAAGAUCGGAGUAUACCUCACCAGGAGAUCCUUGCUGCAGAUGAAGUGUUACAAGAAAGUGAAAUGAGACAGCAGGAUAUGAUAUCACAUGAUGAACUCAUGGUUCAUGAGGAGACAGUAAAAAAUGAUGAAGAGCAGAUGGAGACGCAUGAGAGACUUCCUCAAGGACUACAGUAUGCACUUAAUGUCCCCAUAAGUGUAAAGCAGGAAAUUACUUUUACUGAUGUAUCUGAGCAACUGUUGAGAGACAAAAAAAUCAGAGAGCCAGUAGACUUACAGAAAAAGAAGAAGAGGAAACAACGUUCUCCUGCAAAAAUUCUUACAAUAAAUGAGGAUGGAUCCCUUGGUUUGAAAACCCCUAAAUCUCAUGUUUGUGAGCACUGCAAUGCUGCCUUUAGAACGAACUAUCACUUACAGAGACAUGUCUUCAUUCAUACAGGCGAAAAACCAUUUCAAUGUAGUCAAUGUGACAUGCGUUUCAUACAGAAGUACCUGCUACAGAGACAUGAGAAGAUUCACACUGGUGAAAAACCAUUUCGUUGUGAUGAAUGUGGUAUGAGAUUCAUACAAAAAUAUCAUAUGGAAAGGCAUAAGAGAACUCACAGUGGAGAAAAACCUUACCAGUGUGAAUACUGUUUACAGUAUUUUUCCAGAACAGACCGUGUAUUGAAACAUAAACGUAUGUGCCAUGAAAAUCAUGACAAGAAACUAAACAGAUGUGCCAUCAAAGGUGGCCUUUUGACAUCUGAGGAAGAUUCUGGCUUUUCUACAUCACCAAAAGAUAACUCACUGCCAAAAAAGAAAAGGCAGAAAAAUGAGAAAAAAUCAUCUGGGAUGGAUAAAGAGAGUGGUAUGGACAAAUCUGACUUGAAGAAAGACAAAAAUGAUUACUUGCCACUUUAUUCAUCAAGUACUAAAGUAAAGGAUGAAUAUAUGGUAGCUGAAUAUGCUGUUGAAAUGCCCCAUUCUUCAGUUGGGGGAUCACAUUUAGAAGAUGCAUCAGGGGAAAUACACCCACCUAAGCUGGUUCUCAAAAAAAUUAAUAGUAAGAGAAGCCUGAAACAACCACUGGAGCAAAAUCAGACAAUUUCACCUUUAUCCACAUAUGAAGAGAGCAAAGUUUCAAAGUAUGCGUUUGAACUUGUGGAUAAACAAGCUUUACUAGACUCAGAAGGCAAUGCUGAUAUUGAUCAAGUUGAUAAUUUGCAAGAGGGGCCCAGUAAACCUGUGCAUAGUAGUACUAAUUAUGAUGAUGCCAUGCAGUUUUUGAAGAAAAAACGGUAUCUUCAAGCAGCAAGUAACAAUAGUAGGGAGUAUGCGCUGAAUGUGGGUACUAUAGCUUCACAGCCUUCUGUAACUCAAGCCGCUGUGGCAAGUGUCAUUGACGAAAGUGCCACAGCAUCCAUAUUGGAUUCACAGGCAUUGAAUGUGGAAAUCAAGGGUAAUCAUGACAAAAAUGUUAUUCCGGAUGAGGUACUGCAGACUCUGUUAGAUCAUUAUUCCCAUAAAGCUAAUGGACAGCAUGAAAUAGCAUUCAAUGUUGCUGACACUGAAGUGACUUCUAGCAUAUCAAUAAAUUCUUCAGAAGUACCUGAGGUCACCCAGUCAGAGAAUGUUGGAUCAAGCUCCCAAGCAUCCUCUUCAGAUAAAGCCAACAUGUUGCAAGAGUACUCCAAAUUUUUGCAGCAGGCUUUGGACAGAACUAGCCAAAAUGAUGCCUAUUUGAAUAGCCCGAGCCUUAACUUUGUGACUGAUAACCAGACCCUUCCAAAUCAGCCAGCAUUCUCUUCCAUAGACAAACAAGUCUAUGCAGCCAUGCCCAUCAAUAGCUUUCGAUCAGGAAUGAAUUCUCCACUAAGAACAACUCCAGAUAAGUCUCACUUUGGACUCAUAGUUGGUGAUUCACAGCACGCAUUUCCCUUUUCAGGUGAUGAAACAAACCAUGCUUCUGCCACAUCAACACAGGACUUUUUGGAUCAAGUGACUUCUCAGAAGAAAGCCGAGGCUCAGCCUGUCCAUCAAGCUUACCAAAUGAGCUCUUUUGAACAGCCCUUCCGUGCUCCGUAUCAUGGAUCAAGAGCUGGAAUAGCUACUCAAUUUAGCACUGCCAAUGGACAGGUGAACCUUCGGGGACCAGGGACAAGUGCUGAAUUUCCAGAAUUUCCCUUGGUGAAUGUAAAUGAUAACAGAGCUGGGAUGACAUCGUCACCAGAUGCCACAACUGGCCAGACUUUUGGCUAAAAAAAAAAAAAAAUGUAAAUAAUACUGGCACUUUAGAACAGAUUAAUCAAGGGUGGGGUUACUCUGUAUAAGAUGGAGUGCUGUACAGAUUUAAAAGCAAUGUGUUAUAACAAGUUAAACUGAUAGGAAUAGCAAGAUAAUCCAAUAACUGCAUUUUGUUUGAUUAGUCAGCAUUCUUUGAACUGCCUUAUAUGUUGUCACCUUUUAGAAGCAAUGCAUUACUUGUUUUAGCUCAGAAACUUGCUAUUCUACCUACACCAA